AUGUAUGGACAGAGUGUUAUCCCCUCGGUGGCACAUCACUCCUUGUCGUUUAGCAUGGACGCUAUUCCCAUAACGGCUUGGUCGUCAGAAUCAGGGGGCAGUGAAGGGAUGUCAUUGGUGUUGCUCCCACCUGAAAUAUUGAUUAAUAUUUUCAGUCAUCUAGACGAAAAGGAUCUGUAUGUUUUGCAGCAAGUCUGCAAGCACUUUUCGAGGCUGAUUAACGAUGAGGAACUCUGGAAGAACUUGUUUAUAUCAAAGGUACACACUGGUAGUUUUCCGUCAUUUUCGCAAUCGUCGAAGUAUAGUACAGAAUAUUUGCAAAGGCUCAAGGGUCUGAAGCAAUGGAAGCACAAUAGAGCUGUGAAGACAAAAUAUGUUUUGUCGCCGUCGCCCAGGUUUGAGAUUCAAAUCGAAAGCUUGCUCUUCGAUUACCCGCGUUGCGCUUGUUAUAACGAUGGCAUUAUAACACUGGUUCAGUUGCACUCGAAGCGGAAAAAGGAUAGGUUGAUAUACAUACCUUGUACGACUCCACAGGGAUGCUCUACCAUGAACUUCAAUAUGAACGCUGCUGUCUUUGGUAGAUUUGAUGGCAGGGUGUUCGGUAAACUGCUAAGUAACAAAUCUUACUUAACGCCAGUGACUGAAUUUGAUUUUAGACACUCAGCAUGUGUUACAGCAAUAACGACCUCGUCUUCACAGGGAUCAUUUGAAGAUUGGUGUGUAAGCGGAUCUGAGAAUGGCGAAGUUAUAUGGUGGUGCGAGACAAAGCGUAUAAAUUUUCUCAAAGUUUCCAACAAGGCCAUUACACAUGUUGCCUUGUUCAAAAGUUGGACGAUUGUAUUAGAUGAAGAGAAAAUAUAUGUGAUUCACGAAAUGAAUAACAUUCAUGUUAUAAAGUUACCUAAGGUUUCUUAUGAUAGCUGUGAGGAAAUCUUACUUCGAGUUCAGUUUUUUAAGGUCGAUUUCGGUUCAAUGUCAUUAAUACUAGCCGAUACCAAUCACCUAUUUGUGAUUUCAUUUGAUCCAAAUCAGAACUUCAACUAUACGAGAUCAAUUGAAGUUCCAGAAUUAAUCAAUAAAAUUACGCUUGAUGAAGUGACGAGUUUAAGAGAGCAAAAUCCAAAGUUGGCCGGUGGUGAUGGUUGUCAUUUGGCUAUUAUGACAAUGAAAAAUACAAUUAAUAUAAUAAAUGUUCGUGCACCUGGGAACACUUUGAAAAUUGAGAACGUAUUAGAAUUCGAUGGUCACAUCUUCACCUGUCAAGUGACAAAUUUGGUAAUUGUUUGCGCUCUGGGAGGCAAAUUACAGAUUUUUGACGCAACAAGUGCACAAUUGAUUAAAACGGUGCAAAAAACAGAACCAAAUCCUCAAUUUUUGGCGAUAUCACAAGGCAGAAUGGUAAUUGGAAGUGGUAAUGUCGUCCACUAUUUGCAAUACAUCUCUGAAUCUAAUUAUGACAAGAGACGUGGAACUAAUAAUCACCACAGUCAUAGUGGUAAGCGGGAAAGUGGGGUUGACGUUGGACUUGCAAUAUAUGAUGAGGAAAAAUAUAUCCGCAGCAAACAAAGGCUGGAAAGCGAAAGACUUCUGGAAACGUAUGGAGGAGAUAUGAGUGAUGAAGAGUUACAAUUAAAAAUCGCGCUAAUGGAAUCUGAUUCGAUAGCGCAACAAGAAAAUAAAAUUAGGGAAGCAGCAGACGAUGAUUUGAGGAGAGCUUUUGAAGCUUCCACUAGGACUGAACAUAACCAAUCGGUAUACCGAUGUUUAGCAGAUGAAGGUGACCAGGAAUUCUUGGCAGCUCUGGAAUGCUCUGCGGCCGAAGAGCAGGACGCACAAGAACGAUCGAUGAGGAGAGCACGGAGAGACGGCAAUGCGUCGCGUGAACUUCAAAGUAGAGAGUUCGAUAACAAUCCAGAUGUAGAACUGGCAAGUAGCCGGGAGGACGAUGAAGCACUGCAGUUGGCAAUAGCAUUGUCUCUGAGUGAAAUGAAUUGA